AUGGCGCAAAUCAACCUUCAGACCACGGAGCAUGAAGAGAUUCUCAACCUCAUCGACACGCUUCGAUUCCAAGGCAUUAGUCGCUAUGUUGACCUGCCUCAGGUCAUUGUCUGCGGUGAUCAAAGCUCCGUUAAGCUUCUGGGCAUAUUCUGGGCAGGUAAUCUUUCCCAGUCGGACAAUGAUGCUGAGCUGGUGCAAUCCCUGGUCAAGUCGUACAUGAAGAGUAAGAGGAGCAUAAUCUUGGCAGUCGUUUUGGCGAAGAACGGCCUUGCAAAUCAAGUCAUCACCAAGCUCGCUAGCGAGAUUGACCCUAGGGGCGAGCGGACAUUGGGUAUUAUCACCAAGCCAGAUCUCUUUAUUUGCCGGCUCUGA